AUGGCUGACAGCCAGAUGCCCUUUUCCUGCCAUUACUCCCCCAGGCACCGAAAUGUCCGAGACCGAUUCAGAGAGCCUGGCUUGUCCUCUCGACUCCUGGACGAUGACUUCGGCAUGUGCCCCUUCUCUGGGGACCUGACUGCAGACUUGCUGGACUGGGCUCGCCCACGACUGACCAGUACCUGGCCCGGUCCACUGCGAUCAGGAAUGGCUCGAGCCCCUGGCAUGCCCCCUCCCGGAUACGGCUCCAGGUUCGGCAGUUACCCUGAAGGUCGGAGUCCUGCUCCCUUCUCUGGGGAGCCCUGGAAGGUGUGUGUCAACGUGCAAAGCUUUAAACCCGAGGAGCUGACCGUGAAAACCAAGGACGGCUACGUGGAAGUGUCAGGCAAACAUGAAGAGCAACAGGAAGAAGGAGGAAUAGUCUCCAAGAACUUCACCAAGAAAAUCCAACUUCCAUAUGAGGUGGAUCCUGUCACAGUUUUUGCUUCCUUAUCACCAGAAGGUUUGCUGAUCAUUGAAGCUCCACAGAUACCUCCCUACUGCCAGUACGGAGACAGCAGCUAUGGCAACGAGAUCCCAAUGGACAGCCAAGAAGCAACCUGUGCUUAA